AUGUGUCGAGGACUCUACAAGUUUUCUAGCAUCAAUGAAAGACAGGCAUUUUUCUACCUUUACCUGCUGUACCUGUUUUUCCACUAUUCACUUUGGCCACUCUCGCGAGUACACAAAGUGUUUCCCCUUACAAUUGGCUCGACGGCCAAGCCUUCGAACCCUUUCUGGAUCGCAAAAGGCGACAGUUUCUUCAAGGCCCCUUUAUCGGAAGACCCGAUGACGAGAAACCUUGGCCAAGAUUUCAAAGAAAUCACUUCAGUGUGGAUCAUUUUCAGGGUCCCAUCGAAAGUUAAUGUGCCUAGCAUUGUCCUGCUGAAAGAGUUCUCUCUGUCGAUCCGAAAUGUGAAGCAUGUGACGGCGAAGAAUUUCAUCCCGGUAGCGUACAGUUGUCAGGUUGCCUGGUACGAACACAAGUUCACUUCUGCCGAUGACCAUAAUCUUGUGAAACUGUUGCCGAUAGAUGAGGAUGACAAUUCUGAUUAUAUCAACGCCAAUUUUAUUCCCGGUUACAACUCGCCCAGGGAGUACAUUGCUACACAGGGCCCACAAGAUUCGACCAUCAACGAUUUCUGGAGGAUGAUUUGGGAAAGAAAUGUGCCAAUUAUCGUUAUGCUCACUGGAGUCAAAGAGGGAAUGAAGCACAAAUGUGCUCUGUAUUGGCCUGAAGACCUGCAUGUUACAAGUCAGUAUGGAGACAUCAUGAUUACCUUGGAAGAUAAGAAAACAUUCACCACAUCUACCUUAAAGACCUUCAAACUCUGUUUGGUAAGGACAUGGUAUUAG